UAUGCUUUUACAUGAACUCUAACCAUUAAGAUGUUCUACAGAUCUUAUAAGCUUCGAGGAACCGCUCAAGUCAGGGGUUUUACUGAUUAGCCAAAUGCUAACAAUUUUUCACCUUUACAACUUGCUUUUCUCCCUUUAUUUAAAAUAGUUCUUAAGUAAAAAUGUGUUCCGGCUGUGUGCAUAAAGAGUACCCGGACCGGGGCAACACUUGUCUGGAAAACGGCUCCUAUCUGAUGAACUACCGGGGCUGUGCAAACUGCCAUCAGAAGGACUUCGUGUUGAUCAACAAUAAAGCCAGCAACGAUGAUGAUGGGGAGGAAAUAGUCACCUAUGACCAUGUCUGCAAAAACUGCGACCACAUCAUCGCCAGACACGAGUACACGUUCUCAGUAGUUGACGAAUAUCAGGAGUACACGAUGCUCUGCAUGCUGUGUGGAAAGGCUGAGGACUCCAUCAGCGUGCUACCUGAUGACCCCAGACAGUCUGCACCUCUUUUCUAGACCUCACAAAACCCCAAAGCUGCAGGUUUAACACUGACUACAUCAGAACGGGCAUCCAGGACCUCCACCACCCAUUAUAAACCAUUCAUGUUACAGGAUCAUGAAAUACCAUGGCAUAAUUUGUGAUUAUAGCUUUAAAAGUGGCAGCUGUGCAGAAAUUAUAGUUUUUUUUUAAACAAAUCUUCUUAAUGUUUAAAGAAAUGACCAGAUAUUUCAAUUGAUAUAAAUUGUAAAUAAACAUUUUAACUAUUAAA